UCCCGGUGUGUAUCCGUGCCCUCACCCACCCCCGUAGCGCUGCCAUCACCGCGUCCCACGUGGGAGUGGGGCACCCUCGUCCCGCCUACCGGAGGGUUGCGGAGUGGCCGCGGUGUGGAGAUCUGGUGACAGGAGAAAGAGGAGGUUCGGGGGACGGCUGCUGACCGCAUCGCUGCGGUGCCAUGGGGGGGGAACAGUCGCUGGCAUUGCCCCCGGAGAAGGGACCUCACCGCGUGGGUUGCGCGGACGUCAUGGUGGGCCAUACGCAGCAGGGGCUCUUCUUCCGCCUCUUCUACCCCUGCGUGCCCCGGGAUGGGGCCGAGCGGCCGCUCUGGAUUCCUCGCUACGAGUACUGCAGCGGACUGGCUGAUUUCAGCGGCCACAGCCGGCGGUGGUGCGCUCCGCUGCUCAGCAUCGCCGUCGGCUCCUGCAGAGUGCCGCUGAGCUGGAAGGCACCUUUCAAACCCUGCAGCAGUGGGUACCCAUUGAUCAUCUUCUCACAUGGCUUGGGAGCCUUUCGCACUGUGUACUCAUCCAUCUGCAUGCAGAUGGCAUCCUGGGGCUUUGUGGUGGCUGCACUGGAGCACAGGGACAGUUCUGCUGCCAUGACCUAUUUCUGCACAGCAGAGGCUGUCCGGGAGCAGUGGAUCCCCCACCAGCAGGUGCCGCAGGGACAGAAGGAGUUUUAUUUUCGGAACAAUCAGGUUCAUCACAGAGCAAAUGAGUGUGCACGAGCGCUUCAGCUCUUCCGGGCCGUCAGCAGUGGUAAAUCCAUCCCCAACGUCCUUCCUCAGGGCUUCGACCUCUCUGUGUUGAAGGGCAGCAUUGACUUGGCUAAAGCAGCUGUCAUGGGCCAUUCAUUUGGUGGGGUGACAGCUGUGCUGGCCUUGGUGAAGGAAUCUGGGUUCAGGUGCGCAGUGGCCCUGGAUGCAUGGAUGUUCCCCCUGGAGAACAUGCUGUACCCUGAGGUGUCCAAGCCUGUGCUCUUCAUCAACACUGAGAAGUUCCAGACCCCUGAAAGUGUGGCCAAAAUGAAGAGGCUGAGCUCCAGGAACAGCCAGACAAAGAUCAUAACCAUCCUGGGAUCUGUGCACCAGAGCCAGACUGACUUUGCCUUCCUCACCGGGAAGCUCAUCCCCCGUGUCUUCAAUGCGAGGGGCAGCCUCGACCCCUACAAGUGCCUGGACAUCACCAGCCAGGCAGCUCUGGCCUUCCUGCACAGGCACCUUGAUGUGAGAGAGGAGUUUGCUCGAUGGGACCACCUCCUCGAAGGCAUCGGGGACUCCAUCAUUCCAGAAGCACCUUCCUGCCUCUCCAACCUGUAGCUUGCUGUUGGGAUCCAGCUGCUGGGAAUUCAGCUGCUCCUUGUCUAAAAUGUUUGGGGUCUGCCUCCAGAGGGUAGGAGGACCCCUGGGAGAGUGAGGCCUGCAGACUGUGCUUGCAAGAUGUGGCUGUGGUGUCCACCGUGCUUCCAGGAAGCCCUCCCUGCCUGAGAGCCUCUGGUGGCUGCUGGAGACUGCAGAGCUCAGGGAAUAAAACCCCUGGGGUCACAGACCUGAGUUUGCCUUGAUGACAGUGCCCUGCUUGCGUGCAUGGGGGGCACUGGGCCCUGUGUGCACUGCAGCAGUGGGGUUGCUGCAUGUUGGGGGGUUCAAGCAGUGAUCCAGCAUAAGGAAAGAUGCAAUGAGGGCUCUGAGCAUGGAGAUGGUAAAAUCUGAUCAGGGUGCUGACUGCAAGUGCAAAAUUUGGGGGAGAAAGAAAAAAAGAAGUGGCUGGUGGGUUGGCUGUGAGCAUCUUAGGGCAGGGCAGUGAGCAGGAUGCGGGCACAGGCACGUGUUGGGAAUGGGGCAGUUGAGGAGCAACUAGGGCACAAUCCUAGGGAAUACCAGAGAUGCUGUGACAAGGAGCCACCUUACACAGCACCCCCCCUCUCAGCUGUCCCCAAGCAGAAGCCCAGUGCUUCUGGAGCUGCACUGCUGGUGGCCCCACAGAUGUCCCCAAGCUCCCAUGGGCAGUGGGGCUGGGAUGCAGCAGGCACUGCAGGACACACUGCUCAGCAGCUGCUGCAUCGCUGAGUGGUGUCCAUCUGCUCCUCCUUUGUCCCCGCUGGGCAUGCACAUGGUGAGGGCAGUGUCAGCACAGUGCCACAGCUCCUGCACUGCAGGGAGAAAAGCCAUAGGUAUGGUUCAUAGCACUGCAUGCAGCUAGGAUGCCCUGGCUUGGGGUGUUGGGAGCUAUUCCUCAUCUGGUGACAGUGAAUUUGGGGGAAAGGGAGGGGAAUGGGGAGGGAGCAGCAUUCUUCCUCUGUUCUCAAUCUGUGCCACUGUGAUAGGCAAACCCUUUCCUUCUCCUCUCCUUUUAAUUGAGGAGGUAAGGAUGCUCUGGGGGAGAGAUGCAACAGCAGGAGGGCUUGUCUUCAUGCAAAGCAAGAAGUGGUGUGGACAAAGCUGCAAGACCUCAAUUCUUUUGGAGGUUCCAGAUACAUAUUUGUUAACUGAUUUAUGCCCUCUCUGGUGCUGGGAGUGUACUGGAGCAUCAUGCAGCACCAGGACCAAGGUAUUGAGGGUGAGGAGGAGACACUUGAGGUCACUGCCUGCAGAACCCAUGGGGGAACGCACCUCUGUGUCCUGCCUAACAGUGAGAGACAGUGACUGGUGCAGAAAUCAAGUCCCAUCUUCCUCCCAGAAUUAGCAGUGCUGUGAUGUGCUCUGACAUUGCAGGGAGUGGCUCAGCUCCGCGUGGUUGAGGGAGGCUAUAAAUUCUGCACGAGCCUUAUGUAAAGGCUCAGGGAGGAGGGGAGGGGGGGGGAUGAAGACUGUGGUUGGAGGGCAACUGCAAUAUGUUAACCCUUCGGUGUGUUGAAAGCUGCUCAUUUCCACCUCCAGUGCCAGCCUUAGGCUCAGUGUUUCUUCUUCCAAACCCAGCCCAGAUUCCCUCCCUUGGCAUCCUCCAUCCCUGUCCCCAUGCCAUGCUCCAGCCUGGAGGCCAGGAGCAGCGUGCACAGAAGCUGUGAUACAAAUCCCCAGGUGUAGCACAAGGCGGUGGUGCUCACCCUGCUGCUGGAUUGAUGCAUUGUAUUGCUGGACCUGGCUGGAAGGCUUUUUUUGGCAGGAAGCAGCAGUUAAGGGUUACCAUGAUCUGGGAGCUGCUCCAGCACCCAACUGCUAUCAGCUCUCGGUCACCCUGCCCUUACAUGUGGGGUUUGUGUCUAUAGGGUCCCGCUGGGGGACUUUGCUGCUCAAUGGGAGAUCAACCCCUCGUUGGGAGGGACUUGCUUCCAGCUGAGCUCAGCACUGUGCCUGCUCUGCUUCCAUAUUCCGACCGGUGGCUUAUCAAUAAAUAACCCAACAGCUGCCCAUUUGUAUUCCUCUCACAGCUGUGCUUUCAGCGUGGCCAGGGUGUGAAUGGGUGCAUUCCUCCAUCGCAGUGCAAGCUUUGCUUUCUGAAAGAUGCUGUUCCCAGGGUUGGGGCUGAGAUCGAGCAGCACAAACACAGCAGGCUCAGGGCUCUCCAUGCCUCCCUCCCAACACACACACACACCCCAGCCCAGCAAUAAGCACUGCUGCUCGAGAGCCGGCUUUGUUCCAUCGAAGCUUGCUGCUUGAUUUAAUUAAUUAAUGCAAAUUGAGCCUUGUGUUAAAGCCUCCUUUUAAUUACCGUAACAUCUAGUGGAGCGUGAUUCUUUUUCUUCCUUUUUUUUUUUUUUUUCCUUGUGUUUUUUUAAAGGAAUAGCAAAGCCUGGAUGUGCAGCACCCAACCUGCUUCCCAGCCAGCUCCUCUCUCCUCACAGCCCUUUGGUCGGUGAGUACACGCUGCUCUUCACCUUGCUCUGUUCUUUCCAUUGGCAAAUCAAAUCUUUACUCCGGGUGAAGUUCAAAGGAAAAAUCAACCUCCCUCAUGGCAGAAGCAAGUUGUUGUCCUCGUCGCUUCCAGGCUAUCUGGAGGGAGAAACAGGUAUUUUUUUUGUCAGUUUUCACUCUGAAGCCCCAUUGCAGCUGCAGCGAUGCUCUGCUGGCCCUGGAUGGGGCGAGAGAUGCUCCCUGAAUAACAGGAAAAAAAAAGGGAUGCAGGGAAACCGAGGCACUGGAGGAGGAAAAGGGCUGUGUGAGGUGUCUCUGGUUUCAGGCUGUACAAAACACGUUGGAAGGAUCAUCUGGGGUCAUUUGCCCUGAGUUUAGGAAGCACGGGCUGAGCUCAGACCUUGUGGGAUGGGGACCACAGGUGCUCCAUCAGCCCCAUCCUGGCUGACACGGGGCCUCAGGAUGCCUUUGUCUCCUCAAGUUAUAGCAGCUCUAACAACAUCCAGCACCCAAGGCCUGGGUUGGGUUUCUGGUUGUUUUUUUAUUUUAUUUUUAAUUAAAUGAAGCACUUAGGUUAGCAGUCACAAUGCAGGCAUGUCUCUCUGGGUAUCGAUUUUAGAGUACAGCAGCAGUUGGGUUUAUUGCAUAGAAGACAGCGAUGCCUUUUCAACCAGCAAGGCUGCCUUUGUUUGCCUGGUCUCACAGCUGUGAUGGAUGUGCCCAGUCUCUUUUUUUUUCUUUUAAUAUAUGUAUUGAUUAGGAGCUCAAAUUAGUGGGGGGGGGGGAAAAGGGAUCAGACAGCACUGAGCAAAUGUUAAGUGCAGGUAUUGUUUCCAUACUGAGCGAUUCCAGGCAGCCCACAGAGCCAGAGGGAUGGAGUGGGAAUUAACCCGUUUUGAAGCCAAAUAGAUGAUGGAGAUGGGAGAGAAUUACUAAUUGUCCUGAAGGGAUCUGGGGGCUGAAAGCAGCUCAUGGCUGGACUGCAGUGGAAAGAUGCUUUAAAAUGUGUGUGUGUGUAUACAUUUAAAUAUAUAUAUGUAUUUAGCUCACAAAACAGACAGGAAUGGUUUGUGUCCAUGGUAUCUGGCACAGAUCUCAUCCACAUACAGCACUGUGGUUCUGUGUGGGGCGAUGCUUCCUUACAGUGCCCAUUCAAAGGAAGGCACUGUAGGAUUUUCCCAGGCAGCAAAUCUCUGCAAGAAAUAAGUAAAAUCCAUCCCUGUAUGGCUCUGCAUUGAUUUUGUAAUUGAAUCUGCUUUGACAGCAAGCAGCCCGAAGCUCUGCAUUGAGUGUCAUUGCAGAGUUUGUUCCUAGUGAAAGCAGGCUCGCUCUGGAGUUGCUAUCAGCUCACCCACCCCAUCUGUUUGACACAGGGGAAGUCGUGCUCCUUUAAGAGGAUUUCCAUCCCUGAACUCCUCCCAUCACAACACUUCCAAGCUACAUUCUGUCGUGAAAGGGUGGGAGUAUUUUUAACCAUAUCUCACCAGGGAAGUAUUAAUAGCACAAUGGGCUUGCUGAGAUGCUGAGAGAGCUGAAACCAUAUUUUAAAUUCAAGAAACUAAUUAGGAACCAGGGAAUAAUUAGUGCUAUCCCCAGCUUUUCUUUCCCUCGCUUCAUUCGCAAAGAGCAAAAGCAAAUGUCUUUACUGGAAUCUUCCAUCUCUACUGAAUAUUUUAUGGCUUCUCUAUGCACCUCUCUUCCAUGUGGUUGUUGAAAACACGUUUCCUUUGCUCUAUCCCACCUGCAGCGACUGACUGUCACUUCUGAAAUGCAAUUAGAGCAUCUCACGUUGGCUCUCACACACAAAAACCAGCAUAAAGCCUUCCAUAGGGUUUCUCUGCAGCCCCUCUCCGUGGCUCUCACACCCUCAGCACUGGGCUGGGCGCAGGCAUCCUCAAAUAGCAAAGUUCUCAGUGCUCCAUAUGGGAAACACAGAUAGGAGCAGAUGGAGGAAAGCAUAAAGGAUGCUGAGAGUAAGGAGAACGGAGGAGACCUCCAGGACAGCUUUCACUGCACACAGACCCCUUCUAUCAGGCAGUUCCCAGCACUGCUGGUGUCAUGGAGGAAUCCACCAACCCUGGAAUGUUACCCAGUGUGAAGUCUCUGCUCUUUAUUAACAGCUGGACCCUUUCCCUCCUUCUUGCCUCUCCACAACCACCUCACCUGAUUGCCAGAAUCUCGAGGAACUCAGCUGUUGUGCUUUUUUCUUGCCCAGCCCCAUCACUCACUGCACCACUGCACCCUUCCCAGUGGGAUCAGGGAGGGAAUCGAAUGAAGCAAAUUCCAUUGAAUUUCCCAAAAAGCAAACCUGCAACAGAAUUCAGGUGCCUUGUCUGAUUGGAAAAAAGUCCAAUAGUUUCCAGCAGCACAUGGGGAAGUGCAAAAGGGUUUGCUGGAUGUUAGUGCAAAGGCUGGGAAACAGGGAAAGAGGAAACUUUGCAGCCUUUCUCUACCCCUGAGCACAAGUUUCUUUUAUUGCCAUCUCCUCUCGCAGGUUCUGAUUGACUUGGAUCAAGCAGAACAUUGGAUUUCUAGCUUUAGAACAUACAUUACUCAUGCAGUGACCAUUGCAAGUCUCAGAAAGUAUUUGCUGCUGACAUUUUUUACAAAGGUGCUUUAAAACAUUCUCCAACUAACGUACAGGAUGUCAGCCCAUCCACCACGUGGCACUUCAAUGCUCACAAAGCACGUUUUCUCACUGGAGAUUAAAUAUUUUUGCAAGUUAAAAGAGCUGCCGUGGGCUGAGUUGUCACCUAAUUAUGUCAGUCUCUUUGUGGAGUAUUUUGAUAAUCACAUCAGAGGGGGCUCUUUAAUCUUCGUGCUACAUCUAAUCAUGUCACGUCCCAAAUUUACACGGAUGGGGAGCUCUCUGGAUGAGCCCUUGGCUUUGCUGUUGCUCUGAGAGCAGAAUGCAGUGGUGGAAGGAGUCUGAGUGCUCCGUGCUCUUUUUAAACUGGAAUUCUAACAAACAGCUCUUAUUGGUGGUGAGGAGCCUGGGAGAUGAGCAGGACUGCAGCCACACAGCGCCAAGGUUUGCCAGGAGAAGAAUCUGCUUAGAAUCCCAGUAAAAGUGUUGAUAAACACCAAUCAAGUGUAAUAAAAGCUUUUCACAUC